AAAAGAGCUUUUCGACAUCCACGUGUUUUAAUCCAUGUAACAAAAAUAAUUACGGCACUUUUUUUUUUGUUUCUAAUCAAAACAAAACCAGGAAGCAUCUGACAAGACAAAUCGACAUUUGCAAAAGAGAAAUACAAAGCAUUUGUGGUGAUGUGAGUGAUGGUUCCUGUCAUUUUCAGCUCCAAGCAAAACAAACCCAUCUUUGGCACUUCAAUAUUAAAUUUUCAACCAGAGGCUCCACACAAGUGAUGAGAAAUUGCAAUUUGUUUUGGGGAGGACAUUUUUUUUUUCUCUUGGGUCCAAAGUGGUCCUUGUAUCAGAAAAUGAUUGUAGAGGGGCCAUUUUGUAGGAUUAUUAUUAUUUCAAAUCAGUGGAAAUAAAAAGGACAAAACAAAUUAGUGCACCUCUUCUACGCGGAUUUAUUGCAAUAGCUCACGUCUUAGCAUGAUAACCAAACUUUGACGCCAUCCAAUGCACACAUGGGCCACAUUUCUGUUGUACUGUGCACAAAAUAAUUGCCACGUAUGAGUGUUGAUAAUCUGGUACAACUAAAACAAAGGGACAGUGUAAUAUUUUGGCCUGCCAUUCUGCUUCCAUCCAUUAGGUGGCACUGUGACACAUAACGUCUACAUCCCCUCACUGUCCACAAUGUCAUAUGUUCAGACCCGACUUUUUUUGAAGUGACUUUUUCAUAGUGUGUUCCAAAGCGAAUGAAAUCGCACACACGCGUGACCUCAAACACACACAUGCACACCCAACGCACACACAAGAACACAAACGCAAGAGCAACACUUGCAAUACACACGUUUGUGAAACUAGACCGAGACGUCCUUGUAACUCAAAUGAUUCUAAUAAAAAAAUAUGUGAACGCCUGAAAAGGUCUCAACACGCACACACACUCACACACAAACUGUAGCUGCGUCAUCGUUACGAAAGUAGUUCUAAGCUACAAAUACAUUUACAUAUUACAUUGGUUUAUGAUCAUAAAUACCAAUUGUGUGUACAUAUAUAAUGUACAUAUACAUUUGAUGAUAAUUACAAUAUCAAACACAGGAGCUUUGAGGAGAUGGAGGAGGAUGCGCAGCAAUCUAAUUCCUAGCACAUUCAAGGGAUUGUUAGAAAGUUGGACAUUUCAAAUGCUAACACAUUGCAAAAUGUCCGACAGCUAAUUCAAGCUGGUGAUUUUAAUGUCGUCAGUUAGCGUAGCAUUUUAGCUCAGGUUUAGAUGUCACAUUGGCAACCACAUCACAGGCUUCCCUUUUCAACCUUUUGCUAUUUUCCCCCACAUUGAUUUCUCACUUUUUUUUUUCCCCUUUCUUUCUAGAUCAGAGCGGAGCUCAACACAGUUCCUCUACCCGUGCCAUAAAUCAAAGAGCUUCCCCUGUGGCAUUUCGGGAGAGAAAGACGGAGACAAAGCGAGCGGGGGCAGGACGGCGGCGGGAGCGAAACGCCGUCUGCACAUUAAAUCUCCGAGGAACAUUUGACCUUUCCAGGGUUCAAUGGCUCGAGGUCAGCCGAGGCGCAUCCACGGGUGUGACGCCGUCCAUCACCUUUGGAGGACCACUGCGGCCCACGGAGAGCGCAAUCUUUGCUCGUCGUCCUUCGCUUCAAGGUUUGGCCACUACUUCGAGACGUUGCUUCUAUGGCAGAGCAUUAUUAUGAUCGCCACCAUGCUGGCCAUGCUCAACCUGUGCACCAACGUCCGUGUGAAUGCUGAACUCAACACCAAAAGGCGAUCCUUCCUAGCCUCAGAAAUUAAGGACGAGGAGGUACGAAUCCCUAAGAGGCUUUUUCUGGACUUCGACUGGAACUACUUCUGGUCGUGGAGCCGCUUCCUGGACUACGUUCAGUGCGUGGCGGCCUUCACGCUGACGGCGGCCUACGUCACCUACGUGCUGCUGGACUCGGCCGUUUACGUGGAGACGCUGGGCUUCUUGGCGGUCUUCUGCGAGGCCAUGCUGGGAACGCCGCAGCUCUACUGCAACUACCAGAACAAAUCCACGGAAGGCAUGAGCGUCAAGAUGGUACUGAUGUGGACGAGCGGCGACACCUUCAAAACGGGCUACUUCCUCGUCACCCAAGCCCCCGUGCAGUUCUGGACUUGCGGCAUGCUGCAGGUCCUGGUGGACUUUGCCAUCCUGUUCCAGGUUUUCUAUUAUAGCUUCUACCCCCAAAAGCCCGUUUCGCACGCCGCCUCCCACACCUCCAGCGCCAAAGCCCUCUGAGAUCCCAGCGUCAACGGGAAGAACUUUGACCGAUGCCUCGAGAACUUGUUACAACUAAACCGCGACAUGCUUUUGAAUAUUUCUAAUCUUUAAAACAGCACAGUAUGAAAUAGGCGCCAUUUAUCCAACUUGUUACAAUUUUGAUACUACGCCGGAAGACGGAAGGAUUGUCCACCCCCCCCCAAACCCUGACAUGAACCUUCACCCCCUAACCUGGAACUAAUCCAUUCCGUGUCUUUGCACACUGUUGACUGAACUGAACCAAUUUUUAAGGUUCAGGCAUGUGGAUUGACUGUUGCACCCCCCCUCCCUCCUCCUCUGCCUUAAAACAGCAUUACUGAAUAUAUCCUCACCCCCUCCUCCCCCCUCCCGCUGUUGCAUGCUGGUCAAUUCUAACCCUCGCCGCUCUCACGCUCCCCCUCGGCACACUCAAAGGACCCGAGACUAUUAAACUGGACCAAAUAGGACAAUGACCUCGGGGCGAUUUCUCAGAUGAGGAGUUAUCCUCGCUUCAACCCGCUUUUGGACUUGUACCCAGAAGGACCUCUUGAAGUAUUUACGUGUCAGAAGAGGCAGGAAUUAACGAAGCGAAGGGACUUUUGAAUUAUGCUCAUUGCAAGCAUCAAAGACGUAUCUGUAUAUCUUCUCAGCCGUCAUGCUACCAGAGCAUUUGAUUGAUUUCCUGCCCCCCCCUGCCAAUUUAAUAACUCCCCUUCCUUGUCCAUCUCAUUUCAUGGAGCUAUGUUCCAUAUUCAUCUUCUUACACGGAAAUUCAUUUCCUGUUCUGUGGAGCUGGGCGUGAUCCACCCACAUAGGCAAUUCCCCCUUUUUGAUAUUAUUUCCAAAUUCAUUUCUUGCAGCAAAAACACACCUCGUUCAACUCAAUAUCCAAAUUGUCUUUUAAUCGUUUUCUCUUUGCUUUACAUGCUUCUAGUCAAGCAUAUCUUGUUACCUCUAUAUUAUCUACCAACAAUAGAGUAGAAAAAAAAUUGGACCAAAUAGGCUCAGCCGGUGUUUGUUUUGCAUAACAGCCGCCAAAUGUUUGCUUGUGUUGUACAAUUAUGUAUUGAAUUUCAACAUGUUAUACUACAAAUGUGCUUUGUGUUCAAUUUCUAGCAAAUAUUAAAAGCAGUUUUAAA